CAGUCAUCCAGCUGCACCGCGGAGACAACAGCUGCCUCUAUUUAAAGGACAGUUUUUCCGUUUUGUUGUCACUUGCCAAUUUAGGCUUUACGCACAGUCAUGAUUUUGACGCACAGGUGAACUUACCUCACCUCAACGCACCCCGAUCAGAACUCAAAAAAGGAGAAAAGAAAAGUGUCCAGUUCACACUCUCCUCCUCCUCGUUUUUCCUUUUUUAAUUGCUCGAAGUGGAGCAGGUCGUCAGAGUCAUGUCCAGGAAGAAGACAGCGAAAGGCAAAGGCAGCUCCAAGAGCCCCAAGGCAUCUCCGAGCAGCGGGAGGACGGGGAAAGGUUUGACCGCAGCUGCUGCUCCGUCCUCCGGGCUGGUCUAUCCCAGCAGACCAUCCAUCAGCAACAGCGGAGAGUUUUAUGACAUCGCCUUCAAGGUGAUGCUCGUGGGGGACUCAGGCGUGGGAAAGACUUGUCUGCUGGUUCGCUUCAAAGAUGGAGCCUUUCUGGCUGGGAGCUUCAUCUCCACUGUGGGCAUUGAUUUCAGGAAUAAAGUUAUGACCAUUGAUGCUGUGAAGGUCAAACUGCAGAUAUGGGACACUGCUGGUCAGGAGCGUUUUCGGAGUGUCACUCACGCUUACUAUCGUGAUGCUCACGCUCUGCUGCUUCUGUACGAUGUCACCAACAAAGCAUCCUUCGAUAACAUCAGGGCAUGGCUGACAGAGAUUCAUGAAUACGCCCAGCAGGAUGUGGUCGUCAUGCUGCUGGGCAACAAGGCUGACGUGACACAUGACAGGGUGGUGAAGCGAGAAGAGGGGGAGAAACUGGCAAAGGAAUUUGGAGUGCCGUUUAUGGAGACAAGUGCAAAAUCUGGACUGAAUGUCGAGCUGGCGUUCACUGCUGUGGCCAGGGAACUGAAGCACAGGACCAUGAAGGAACCCGAUGAGCCAAAGUUUCAGCUGCAGGAGUACGUCGACAAAGAAAUGAGGACCGCUGGUCUUCAUCAGGCAAAGGAAAUGAUCACAGCGAUUGACCCAACUUAA